UUUGAAAGUCUGUAGAUUUACUUCCGUUACGCGGCUGGUGCUAACAGAAUAGAACAUGUCUGAAAAAAACAUGGAGGAAAAAGUUGAGAAUGCUACAAACACUAAAAAUAUAUCUCUGCCCAUGUCGAGGGUGCGAUUAAUCAUGAAAAGUUCUCCCGAUGUGUCCUGUAUUAACCAGGACGCUCUUUUCUUGACAACAAAAGCAACGGAGCUUUUUGUCCAGCACUUGGCUCUGUCCUCAUAUAAAAAUGGUUCGGGUCAAGAGACAAACACGCUGUCGUACAGGGACCUGGCCAACACAGCAGAGGAGACGGAAACGUUUCAGUUUUUAACCGAUAUCCUUCCUAAGAAAAUCUUGGCCAGGGACUAUCUGAAGUCGCUGGAAGACAUGGAAAAAGACGAUGAUGUCUGAGGAAAUCACUGUGAACUGAUCCUGACCACUUCCUCGCUAAAACUGUGGAUUAAACUCGCAGGACAUUGUCUCACAAAUCAGGACAUUUCACCCAAAGAGUUGUACUAAUACACCUCUGUUGUUUUAGAGAGGUAAUGUACAUGUUUUACUUAAUGUAGUCUGUGUGUUUUAGGACCCACUUACACUAUGCGUUGUGUUAAAAUGUCAAAAUAGCCGCUACACUGAAUUCUCAACUGAACCACUGUGAGACCAGGUUAUAUGGUGUUUUAUUACUGCUUGAUUGAAUCUGUAUGUUUAGGGAAGAUCCAUACAUCUGUGCAGUCCAUUCCAUUCAAUGUGAAAUCAGACCUUGCUCACGUCUUCAAAUUGAAAAUGCUUUUCUCAGGGUUUAAAAUGUAUGUUUCGUGGCCACGCUUUAACAUUUUAACCACUGAGGAUAAAAAUGCCUUUAAUUCAUACUUGACUCUGGGCUGUAGCUGAAGAUUUAUAUAGCGUACUGUAUCGUUUUUAAAUGCUUGAACAGUCUUAAUUUUGUAUUUGAAUAAAUACUUUUGCUGA